AUGGUGAAAACGGAGGCCACGCUGACAGAGUGGACACGGCUAUUUACCCAGGGCCGUGUGGUCCCUCCAUGCCGCCACACAAGCCUCCUGUGCGGGGAGAAGCAAGGAGGCGAAUCCUGCGGUUUGGAGUUGAGCCUGAGCCGAGUCACAGCCCCCCAUGUGCCGCAGGGGGCGCCAGAGGGUCCGGAUGUGGCCUACGAGCUCCGUGCCUCGCUGUACGAUAGUCUGCAGCAGCAGUUCUUUGGCCAAACCUGGAAGAGCUGUCCCCAGAGGCUGAAGAAUGGGAAGAUCUGCUUCAACCAGAGUGAUCUGACGGAUGGUUUGGACCGUGCUCUGGAGAGUUACAUAAGUCUGUAA